AUGAAAGAUUACAAGUCAGCAUUAGAGUCGAAACAAAAAGAUCUUGAAAUCACAUUAAAAUUGUUUGGAGAACACCAUUCUGACACUGCUGCAAGCUAUAACAACAUUGGAAUCACACAAGAUGAUAUGAAAGAUUACAAGUCAGCGUUGGAAUCACAUCAACAUGCUCUUCAAAUCAGAUUAAAACUGUUUGGAGAAGACCAUUCUGACACUGCUGGGAGUUAUUAUAACAUAGCUGCCACACGUUAUGACAUGAAACACUAUAAGUCAGCUUUAGAAUCUUAUCAACGUGCUCUUCAAAUUAGAUUAAAAUUGCAUGGAGAAUGUGAUUCUGACACUGUUGAAAGUUAUCGUGCAAUUGGAGUCAUUCAACGUGCUCUGAAAAACUACAAAGCAGCAUUAAAAUUACAUCGAUAUGUUGUACAAACUAGAUUAAAUAAAGCUGCACGGGGAGUACUACCCUGA